GCGCGCGGAUCCUCCCAUCCAAAAUCAGUCUACCCCGGGUCCAUCCUUUAACUUUCCCAUAGAAGUGACGUCUGGAUUGCAAAGAGAGAUUAAAGAUCAGGAACUGGAACAGCGGACAGCCGUUGCAUAAUUAACUCCACUACGAGGAAUUGAGUUAUUCCUCAGUCGCAAGUGGCACAACGUGGGCGGCGCGUCGAGUGACGAUCUGUAGCACCACCGCGGCUCCACGCACGAGUCAGAAGCUGGAUGUGGAGCAGCUGGACCUCACGGUGUAUCUCGGGGUAACCUGCGGUGGAUCCCCCUGCAUGUAAAAGGAGUUUUGGUUCGGGGCCAGCCCUGAAAGGUGCGGUAGUGUCCGUCUGAUGGCGCGCGGCUCUCCAAGGUGGAUUCGGUUUCCAGUCCGGUAACACAAACUGACGGAGCGACUUCAUUUGAGUGCUCACGAGAAACCGACCCGGACGGUAAGAACAUUUCCUCACCUGAAGACCAACACGCGUGUUUCUGCUCCUGGGCUUUACAUGAUCUGAAUGGAUCAUAACCUCUGGUAUUAUCUGGACAGCUCAUUUGGACACCUGAUUGGCCUUCUCCGGUGACAGAAGUGACAUUUCCAACAGUAACAUAUUUCUGACACCAAUUGUGUUGCUGCGACUUUUCUUUGCACAAUUAAACUGAAAGGAUAAUCUCAGUGGGGUGUGCUCGGCCGCAGGGAGGCGGAUAAUAAUCAAGUCAUAAGAAGACAUUUAAUGACACACAUGGACAUUAUGUGAAAAAUAAAGGUCUGGAAAUGCGUCGCAAAUGCUUCCAUCUGCUUGAGGUGUGCGCCAUCAUAAGCCUCCUGCCGUCUGGCUGUUUAGCAGAUUUGACAUGUGAAGCUCUGCUCAUGCUAACAGGAAAUGUCUCAUUACACUCCCUGGCCUCCUCCUGGAACCAAACCCUGAGCAAUGCCACAGGUCAGUGGAGCGGCUCGGGACUCUACUGUGACACCUCCAUCGAUGGCAUUGGCACCUGCUGGCCCAGGAGCAGCGCUGGCCAGAUGGUGUCGCGACCCUGUCCAGAGAUGUUCUACGGUGUCAGAUACAACACCACCAAUAAUGUUUAUAGGAAAUGUCUUGCAAAUGGGACAUGGGCACUGAAGGGAAACUACUCCAUGUGUAAGGCCAUACUUCACGAGGAGAAAAAAGGCAAGAUGCACUACCAAAUAGCUGUGAUCAUAAACUUCCUGGGUCACUGCAUCUCAAUGGUGGCUCUGCUCAUAGCCUUCUUCCUCUUCUUGUGUUUGAGGAGCAUCCGCUGCCUGAGAAACAUCAUCCACUGGAACCUCAUCACCGCCUUCAUCCUGAGGAACGCCACCUGGUUUAUCGUCCAGCUGACAAUGAGUCCUGAGGUGCAUGAAAGCAACGUGGUUUGGUGUCGUCUCGUCACCGCCUCCUUCAACUAUUUCCACUCCACCAACUUCUUUUGGAUGUUUGGCGAGGGCUGCUACCUCCACACAGCCAUCGUCCUUACCUACUCCACUGACAAGCUGCGCAAAUGGAUGUUCAUCUGCAUUGGCUGGUGUAUACCCUUUCCUAUAAUUGUGGCAUGGGCCAUUGGGAAGCUGUACUACGACAAUGAGAAGUGCUGGUUUGGGAAGAGAGCUGGUGUAUACACAGACUACAUCUACCAAGGUCCCAUGAUUCUUGUGUUAGUGAUCAAUUUUAUUUUCCUCUUCAACAUUGUGAGAAUCCUAAUGACCAAACUGCGAGCCUCUACCACAUCAGAGACAAUCCAAUACAGGAAAGCUGUGAAGGCUACACUGGUACUUCUUCCUCUCCUGGGAAUCACCUAUAUGCUGUUCUUUGUCAAUCCGGGGGAAGAUGAGAUCUCUCAAAUCGUCUUCAUAUAUUUCAAUUCAUUUCUGGAAUCCUUUCAGGGCUUCUUUGUGUCAGUAUUUUACUGCUUCCUAAACAGUGAGGUGCGAUCAGCUGUGCGGAAGCGGUUCCACCGUUGGCAGGAGCAGCACUCCAUCCGAGCCAGGAUGACCCAGGCCAUGUCCAUCCCCACUUCACCUUCACGGGUCAGCUUUCACAGCAUCAAGCAGUCCACGUCGCUAUGAGAGUGGAGGCCAGCUUUGUCCUAGAUACGUGCUUUGGGAGGAACCCCCAGCUGUCAUAGUCAUCAUUUUCUGCCACAUCUCUGGAGUGCGCUAAAACAUUUUCUGAGCUGGGACCAGGCUAGAGAGCAAGAGAGAGACUGCAUCAGUCUCCUAAACCUCAGGGGGGACAUUAUACAGACUUUCAGGAGAAAAUAGACGGGGGCGGGGAUGAAGGACACUGCAGACUUUAUAAAAUGAGAGGUUAGUGGAUCAAAAGAUGCAGGUCACCAAGCUGAAUCUGGAUCUGUGUGACUUUGGGUGUGAAUGUACAGCACUUCUUUAAUGUUUGCCUGCCAUAGAAUAUCUGUUGUAUUCCUGCUUGCACGCUUUAUUUUUAUUUUGCUAUCUUACUAUCAGUGAGAACUUGGAGCUCGUACCGCUGGACUGCACUGGUUUCCAUCCCAGCGGACACUGGACUCAAACGCUGUAGGGCCAGUGACUAAGUUAUUUUGUUUUGAGUUUUUGAAUUUUUACUUUGCUCACCAACAAUUGUCUGGUUGUAGUGUUUGUUCAUUUUGUGUUGUGCUAUCCUUUCUCUGUUCUUUGUCAGCUUCGUACAGUCGUGCUAUUUUCAUCAACUUUCCAGGAAGUUAAACACAUUCCAUACUUUCCACCUGAAGAGUUUUGUUCCAAAAUAAUGUGUCUACCACACAUACAAUACAAUACAUGUAUUGUACAUGACGUUAAAGUCAAGCACAUAGUGGGUUUAAAGGGAAGUUUGAAAUAAUAAGCUUUCUUUCUGUGAAUUAGAUGAGGAGAUCGAUAUCAGGGACAGGCUUUAAGAACCAGGAACCAGGAGGUAUAGGGAGCCAGGAGGUGAUUAGCCUAGCUUAGCAUAAAGACUAGAAGCAGGGGAACCAGCCUAUCUCCAAUGUCCAAAAAUACACCACAAUGUCUUUUUUUAAGUUUAAACAAAUGAGACACUACAUGUUAAUUAGUGAGCUUUAUAGGUUUUUGUAUGAGUAGUUUGAACGUUGCAGUCAGUCAGGCUAUCUGUUUCCCCUUGCUUCCAGUCAUUAUGCUAAGCUAGGCUAAUCAUCUCCGAGCUCAAGCUCCAGAAUUGAUGCGCAAUCUUCUCAUCUACAGUAGCCCUGUUUCCAUCGUUUUUUAAUGCGCUUUUCGUAGUAUCGCAGUAGAAAAGGUUGAUGGAAACGGCAAAAAAAAUUAAUUGUACUCGCUUGAGGUGGUUUUUGUCUUUGUCUAAAAAAGUUCUGACGUAGCAAACUUGUAACUCACUUCUGAUCAGCUGUUUCCAUUUUUCUAAGCUCAAUGGUCCUCAGGUCCAAACGACUGGUUUUAUUUCUGGUUUGGAACGCAUACGUCUUGUUUAUUACAGCCAACUACUGACGUAACUACGCCUUGCCGUAGCCUGGAUAAUUCGCUCCAAACCAGCUGAUGGAGUUGUUUCUGUGUCCACCUGUUCAAUGUAGGCCCAAGAUUUAUGGGAUUACUAUAUUCCAUUGCCUCCAGCUUCAGCCCUGAAGUGGUGCAGGAAAUAUGUGCAGGUAACAAUAUACCAUAGUGCAAGCAUACAGCUUUUGCAGAAGCACAGCAAAUCCAAGAGCAAGCAUUACAAAAUCUGAAAGUGAAAUCAAUACGUCAUGCUCUCAAAUUGAAAGACCACUCUCUUGAAUGAAGAUAUGGAAAUAAUCCCAUCAAUAUUCGUUACCUUAGCUCUUAACCUUGAGGGAAAUAUGUUUCUUUAGCUGCUCAAUUCUCCACUAUGUUCAGCAGCUAGUCUCUUACUUUGUUUGGUUUUUUGUCGCUGAGCAGGUAGUGUACAGUCAGUUUAUCAAAGCCUUUUCACAGAAAAGUGCUGCUUGCUGUGGCUGGAAACAGUGAGAGUGACCCAAAACUGUAAAGAUGUGGGCUGUUAAACCAAAACAAUUGAACAACUGAAACGCGCUAAAAAGCUCUGUAGAGAUGAGACGGUCCUAAUAAAAUAGUGAAGCCAAGUCAAAUUUGCUCCAUUUCUUCAUUAUUGUUCUGUGAUGCUAGAAAGUGGACCUUGAGUUAAGAUUAUUUUGUCAAACCUUUACAAAUAAUACAAACAAAAAAGAAUGAACUUGAUGUUGUAUUGUGCUUUGGAACAAAACUCUUCAGCUGAAUAAAGAGACUUACUAUUGUUGCCUCUCUACCAGCAAGCCAGAUAAGGGAGAGAAGAAUACAGAAUAUUCAAUCAGGAAAGUGUUCACUCUCGAAUCUACCAAGUGACUUUCUGUGGUGUUCGGUUGACUUGAAGCGUGACAUUCGUGUGCGGUAACUUUGUUUACUGAUUUAUUGUAAAUAUAUAAAUAGCAAAGCGGCGCGUUAAAGAUCCAAUGGAGUCGUCACAAAUAUAAACCAAAUACACAAACCACACACUGUGAAUCACGUGGGCACAUUAUCCAUGUGAUCAGCAAUUCACAGUCCACAUUCCUACUAUACCAGUAUGCCUAGCACCUGUGCAUUUCUAUGAACUGCUGUCUAUGUCAAAUUGUAAAUGAAUCUCAUCUUUUUGUCGCCCUAAAAUCAUGAUAUUUCUUUUCUUUCAAGUGAUGUGUGAGCUCUGGUUGUGAUGAAAUGUCAAAUUUAUUUAAGACAACAGAAUUUCACAUGUCACGGUGAUGUGUAUUAUUCUUGAUGUGAAUCAUCUAUUGCUUUUGGGGGUAAAAAAAAACGCCAGACUGUGUGCUCAAAUUAAAGAAAAGUGUACUUAUCAUGAGCGUUUGCAAUGUGAAGAAAAGUUCAAUUUAAAAUGCAGCAUCCUUAAAAGUGUCAUGUCAGCAGGAAUAAGCAAAGCACAGGAUGUUGGUGACAUGUUUUCAUUCCAGCACAGGAAAAAGCAUUUGGUCAAAACAAGAGAUUCAUAGUUAUG